AUGGCUCCAACAAAUAAACAUAACCGUAAAUUGAAAAUCGAAGGCACCGAUUUACCCACAGCCAAACAUAUACCAACUUCUGCAUCCUGUAGUUUGGAAGAUCACAAAAGUGCAUUCGUUUUUCAAUUGGAUGGUCAACCUAAACAAUCUUGUAUUGACAACGAAAUUUGGCCGCCGGUGUUCAAGCCUGAAUUUCUUAGAAGUGCAAAGUCUAUGACACCACGUGAUAAUGAUAUCUUCGUAUGUACUUAUCCUAAGUGUGGCACCACAUGGAUACAACAUAUUUGCUCACAGCUGCUAACUGAAAAUUACGGACCACAGGUGGGGCAAGAACUGUGUAUAACGAGUCCAAUGAUUGAACGAAUGGGUGCAAAAUUUGCUGAUAAUUUAGAUGCUCCACGACUACUGAAAACACAUUUCACAUGGUACAAUGUACCAAAAAACAACAGUGCCAAAUAUAUUCUUGCAGUUCGAAAUCCGAAAGAUUGCCUUACAAGCUACUUCUUUCACAAUCGCAACUUCAAAAUCUACAAUUACGAACAUGGUGAUUUUUCUGUUUUCUUCGAACUUUUUCUGACGAAAAAUAUUGCAUUCGGAAAUUAUUUCGACUAUCUGCUCAGUUGGCUUCCACAUAUUAACGAUGAAAAUGUGCUGUUUUUGAAAUAUGAGGACAUGUGCGCCGACUUACCACAAGCAAUUGUGAGAAUUGGUGAAUUUUUGGGCGGUAAAGCCACAAAACAUGUCCAGGAUGAGGCUAUAUUAAGUCAAAUUGUGGCAAACAGUACGAUCAAAUCUAUGAAGAAAGAUCAGUGGCGAUGGUUCCCAGAAAAUAAUCUACGACAAAAUAUUUUCAUCCGAAAAGGUGGAAGCGGAGAUUGGAAAAAUUAUUUUACACUUGAUCAGUCAAGGCGAUUAGAUGCAAUGUAUCAAAAAUAUCUAUCCGGAACAAUUGCGGAACAUUGGUGGGAGGAAGAAAUGGCUUGGGACAAUGUAGAAGAGGAUAUCGGAAUUGAAGCCGAUUUGUCAUCCAUAUCCAUUGCUAAUGGAUGCGUCAAUAAUAGUUCUGCCAGUUCAAGACGGGAUUCCCUAGAAGAUUUCCAGGGAGAUUCCAUCGAAUCCACCGAUUUGAGUCUUCUGAAAACGACUAUUCAAAAAUACAUCCCAUGGCGUGAACGUGUAUCAUCACAAUCAUCAUCAGGAUAUAAUUCAUUGUCCUCAUCCUUAUAUUAA